AUGAGUCUCUCCGAGAAUUCAAGAAAUGAAAUUUUAUGGUGGAUUAAAAAUGUAGAUAGGAAUGAAGGGAAAAGUAUAAGCUUUGGUACUCCUACUGAGUAUAUUGAAACUGACGCUUCUAAAAUUGGAUGGGGAGCAGUUUAUGGUAAAAAUAAGACUCAAGGAAGAUGGAUGAAAUCUGAAAGCAUUUCACACAUUAAUAUAUUAGAACUUUUAGCUAUAAAAUAUGCAUUUUUUUCAUUAGGAAAAAACAUUUCAAAUUCUCAUAUUUGCAUUAAAUCUGAUAGCUCUACAGCAGUUCAAUAUAUAAAUAACAUGGGAGGUAGUGUUGUAGCACUGUUGGAAGUAGUAAGAGAAAUAUGGUUCUGGGCUGCUGAUAAAAACAAUUUUAUAACAGCAGUCCAUAUUGCAGGGAAAGAUAAUAUUACUCCUGAUCAAUUGUCAAGAAAUUUUAGUGACUCUUCUGAAUGGAAGUUGAAAGAAAAUAUAUUUAGAAAUAUUUGUGGGCAUUUCUUUCAACCAAAUAUUGAUUUAUUUGCUUCUAGACUUAAUAAACAGUUAAGUAAAUAUGUCUCAUGGUUUCCAGAUCCAGAUGCUAUGGCUUCUGAUGCUUUUUCUUUCUCUUGGAAAAAUUAUUUACCAUAUGUUUUUCCUCCUUUCAGUAUCAUAGCAAGAAUUUUGAACAAGGUAGAAGAGGAACAGGAGUUCCAUUCUUACAGAAACCGAUAACAUUGUACGUGGAUUGACCAGAGCCGUUGAUUUUUCCAGGAUUGUGUUCAUGGUGUUGUGUUGGAUAUAUAAAUGAACUUUAUGGACUUUGUGUCAUGAUUAUGUGAUUAUGAUAAUUGUAAUAUUUUAUGACAGCAUUAAAUGUGGAUGUUUCAAAUCUUAUAUUUGUGGCCAU